GCGGAGAAAGAGCUCCGAGAAGAAGUGGUGAAAUCGUGUGAGAACGGACGGCUGUCAUGAAGUAACCAGACAACAGCUGAGAGGUUUAAAGGGAUUUCCGACAACAACAACAGCAGCAGCAGCCGCCAGAGCCCGUCCGCACACAGCGAGGUGGUGCUGCAGUAAGGAGAGCAGGGCAGGAUGGCGGGCGCCGGGGCAAAUGCCUCCGUUAACCCCACCUGUAAGAUUAUGACCUUCCGACCCACCAUGGCGGAGUUCCGGGACUUCAACCAGUACCUGGUGUACAUGGAGUCGCAGGGAGCUCACCGUGCUGGACUGGCCAAGGUGAUACCGCCGAAGGGAUGGAAGCCGAGGCGUAGCUAUGACGACAUCGAUGACGUCAUCAUCCAGGCACCCAUUCAGCAGAUGGUGGCCGGCCAAUCAGGGCUUUUCACUCAGUACAACAUCCAGAGGAAAGCGCUCAGCGUGCAGGAGUUUCGCAGACUGGCCAACAGCGACACGUAUUGCACUCCCCGCUACCUGAACUAUGAAGACCUGGAGAGAAAGUACUGGCGCAAUCUGACCUUUGUGCCACCCAUAUAUGGUGCAGAUGUCAGUGGGACGCUUUAUGAUGAGGGUGUUGAAGAGUGGAAUAUCGGACAUCUGAACUCCAUCCUGGACGUAAUUGAGGAGGAUUGCGGGGUUUCUAUUCAGGGUGUAAACACACCCUACCUGUACUUUGGCAUGUGGAAGACCAGCUUCUCCUGGCACACAGAGGACAUGGACCUCUAUAGCAUCAACUACCUGCACUUCGGAGAGCCCAAGUCCUGGUAUGCCAUUCCUCCAGAACAUGGGAAGAGACUGGAGCGAUUAGCUACAGGUUUCUUCCCUAACAGCUUUAAGAGUUGUGAAGCUUUUCUCAGACAUAAGAUGACUCUGAUAUCUCCCUCCGUGCUGAAGAAAUAUGGCAUCCCUUUUGAUAAGAUAACCCAAGAGGCAGGAGAGUUCAUGAUCACAUUUCCAUAUGGUUACCACGCUGGCUUCAACCACGGCUUCAACUGUGCUGAAUCCACCAAUUUUGCCACCGUGCGCUGGAUCGACUAUGGAAAGGUCGCCACUCAGUGCACGUGCAGUAAGGACAUGGUGAAGAUCUCCAUGGACCCGUUUGUGAGGCGUUUCCAGCCAGACCGUUACCAGGUCUGGACACAGGGCAAAGACACUUGUGUUCUGGACCACACGCUGGCCACACCCAGCACCACACCUGAGCUGCAGAUGUGGCUCCAGAGACGCCGCAGGCCCAAACCUUCCACCAAAAGCAGUGUCCACUACCCUCGCACGCGCUCUAAACGGCUGAAGACAAUGCAGGAGCAGGUUGUCAUGGCAAACUCCUCGUCAGAGGGGGGUCGACGUACAAAGACAGGAUUACCUCAAGGAGAUAAGAAUCAGGAAGAGGCUGACCAGCUGAAAAAAGACCGCAAAGCCCAUGGUGCAUUGCAUCUCUCAGGACUUGCUGGUCCGUGUCGACAGAUUUGUGUUGUCAAGGUAACACGAGUUCAGAGUGAUUUAUUGGCCAAGUCAUCUAGGUGUCACAGAGACCCACCCCAAGCCCAGCCCCCUGAGUCUCAACCCAUUCAGCCAGCUCAAUGUGAACCUUCAACCUCUCAGGACACGUCCACAAACGCUAAAUCCACAAAUCCACACAAGUCUGUAGCUGAAGCGGAUGGUCAGGUAUCUCCAAACGAAGCCUUAGAAAUCUGUGAGUCCUCCACUGAGAACGUUCCGGACUCUGGUAUGGAUGAGACUUUGGGCUCAGAAAGAACUGUUUCAGGUUCAUCUAUUGCCAAAUCCCCGAACAGUCACUCUCCCUCGGAACAUCUUCCCACCGCUGGACCGUGUCAGUCUUCUGAGGCGGCACUUGAAGUUAACAGCAAAGUAAGUGCAAGAUCAGCGGGUAAUUCUCUUGAAAGCAAUAAGGGUAGAGUCGUUAAGACGGAUACAGAUUCUAAGCUCCACAGCCCUGCAACAAAAGCACUUUAUAAAGGAAAUCCUUCUUCAGAUGAUGAACCACAGCGUUCCAUGGUUACUGCAGAAAUCCAGGAAUGUGGAGAACGUUCUGGAACCGCGCAUUCUGCUACUUCCUCUGACAUGCCUCUCCUUACUCCAGAGUUUUCAGAGGAAGAAGAGGGACGGAACCCCCCAAACCUGACGUCUGAAAUGCCCUCCUUGACCCUCGCGGUCCAGUCCAGUGAUGAUGCUCGCCCGUCAGCUGACCCAAACACUUCCUCAGAGCAGCCCAUCCACCCUGAAAAAUCAGCUCCUCUUGCAGUGGACGAAGCCGGGACUUGUUCUAAAGCACUUUAUCCUGAUUGGUGCUCAUUCCACGAAAAUAGUAGCAAGAAACGGUCGACGGCUAAUUUGGCAUCGCCAUGGCAACUGCCCAAUGAGAGAGCCAAUCAAGCGGGAGGAACAGGAGCUCCAGCAGAGGGCAGGCAAAUGUCUUCAAAUGUCUUACAACACUCCACAGUAAGUCAAGCAGGUCUUUAUGGAUGUAGCUUCGAUAACAUUCAGGAUUCAAUGUUAGCGGCUAAUACUCACGCACUUUCCCAUGCUAAUCAGUCCGUAGACUCUCCUAGCACUUCAUCCAGUCAGAACACUCCACAAGCUUCUUUACAUCCACAGGAGAGCACUUCUCCGCUCGGUGAAUCCAUCUCUUUUGCUUCCCCAAACGUGUUUGAGGACACCAAGCCUUUCUCCUCCAACAUCUGGAAGAACUUCAACUCCCAGAAUCCUGCGGUGCUAAUCGAGAGCCUACAGCCAAGCUUGGCUGAAAGUGACGCUCAUGACCAGCUGCCUUACGCCAUGUGGGCGGAGUCUCGCUGCCAGCAGGUCAAAUCCCCUGAGCCUCCAGACUCUCCGGAGAGGGCCCUAACCUGGGCCAACCUGGAGCCCAGUGUGGUGCACCCUUCUGGGGCAGAGAUGGCAGAGCUACCUCUGGAAGGAGCUCCUGAAGAUGAGUUCAGGUCUCAGGGGCCUCAGAGGUUAAAGGGCGAAGGGUUUGAGCGAGAUUCGGAUUCAGGAGAAAGAGAGGAGGACAGUAGCAGUGAGUCCAGUGAAGAAAACAUGAGUGAGACAGAGUGUGGAGCUUCAGGCCUGGAACCAGGAGAAGUCUGCCCGUACCCCAUGCCUUCAGUAAAGAGAAGGACUGCCAAGAGUUGGCGUCACCCACUAAGGAAGCCAACAGCGAGGGCAGUGCCCAGCGCCGUGAAGCAGCAGGUCACCAGUGAUGAUGAGCCCUCAGAGGAGUGUGGUGCAGAGGGAGAGCAGCAUGAGGCUGAUGUUUGGGCCAGGCCGCUGGUUCAUUUGUGGCAGAACAGAAAAGCCCACUUCCCCUCUGAGAGAGAGUACAACAGUUCUGCAGCUAAAAUGGCUCCACACUGUGCUGUCUGCACUCUCUUCAUGCCUUACUAUCAGCCUGAGGAGAGGUCAGAUGAAAAUAAGGUUGAGUUGGAGUCGCAGGAAGUGAGGUCACGACCCCUGAUCCCCGAAAUCUGUUUUGCGUACCGGGAGGGCUCCUGCCCCCCAAACACACUGCUGGAGGAGGACGGCUCCAGCCCCCUCGUGGCCUGCAGCCGGUGCUGUGUGCAGGUUCAUGCCAGUUGCUAUGGUGUUGCUGCCCAUGAUGUCAGCCAAGAGUGGACAUGUGACCGGUGUUCAUGUGGAGACUUAACAGCUGAUUGCUGUUUAUGUAACUUAAGAGGGGGUGCAUUAAAAAGAACGACAGACAACAGAUGGGCCCAUGUGAUGUGUGCUGUGGGACUUCCUGAGGUGAAGUUUGUUGACAUAGUGAAGAGGAGUCCCAUUGAUGUCAGUGCUAUUCCUGCACAGCGAUACAAACUGAAGUGUAUAUAUUGUCGUAACCGCAUGAAGAAGCUGUCCGGUGCGUGUAUUCAGUGUUCCUGUGGCCGUUGUCCCACCUCCUUCCACGUCACCUGUGCUCACGCAGCCGGUGUCACCAUGGAGCCUGAUGAUUGGCCGUAUGUGGUGUUCAUCACCUGCCACAGGCACCAAUCACGGAGCUCCAGUGCUAAGCUGAAGGUCAGCCGAACAGAGCUGGCUCUGGGUCAAACAGUGAUCACCAAGCACAAGAACCUGCGUUACUACAGCUCCCGCGUCACUCAAGUAAUGGCCCAAACCUUUUACGAGGUCAUGUUUGAUGAUGGCUCAUUCAGCAAUGACACCUACCCCGAGGACAUUGUGAGCAGAGACUGUGCCCAGCUUGGACCACCAGAAGUUGGAGAAGCUGUGCAGGUCAAGUGGCCUGAUGGACUUUUCUAUGGUGCCAAAUACCUGGGCUCCAACACCACGUACAUGUAUCAGGUGGAGUUUGAGGACGGUUCCCAGGUGCUGGCUAAGAGAGAGGACAUUUACACGCUGGAUGAGGACCUGCCCAAAAAGGUUAAAGGUCGUCUUUCUACAGCCUCCAGCAUGCGUUUUGAAGAUGCUUUCUUCACCACGCAGAGUGAGAGGAAGAGGCAGCGGACGCCAAAUUCUCGCUUCCAGAACGACUACGUCGCCCACCUCAGCCCACGCGCCUGCAGGACGCCCGAAACACGCAACAGCAAAAGCAACUGAGAGAGAGACAGACAGACAGACAGACAGAGGGGUGUUGGACUGUGGGAGUGUUUUUAGAAAAGUGUAGAGAAAACACUAAACGAGGGAGUGCAUUAAUGAGAGCUCCGCAAAACCUGAGAUUUUUUUGUUUUGUUUUGUUAAUACUGUUAAGAUUGUGUCAGUAAGACCAAAAUAAUUACUGGGGAUGGCCAAUAUCCCAAAGUCAGGGACACUUUUUUUUUGA